AUGGCUGCUUCACUGUCUUCGUGUGUUUCGUCCUUGCAGUCCUCUCUUCAUAUAUUGGACAACUCCAUUGAAACACUGGAUUCAGGGGUGAACGACUUUCCGCGACUAUGUAAAGUCCUCCAAACAACUCGACACUUCGAGCUCCUCCCAGAGCCCACACUCCGUGAAGCGCAACAAUCACUUCUCGACGAAAUAUCCCCAAGCAUAGCCCACCUACUUACCUUGUCGACAAACCACGUUGAAAAGCUCGCGCGCCGCGAACAAGGCCUCAAAGCAAAAUGCGACCUGCAAGAAGGUCGCCUCUCCUCCAACCCUGAAAGCCGAGCAUUAGCAGCCCGCCAGACCCAAAGCAAUGCACUGCGGGGUCGCAUGGCGGGGUCUGGCUCGAAUAACGCAGCCAAAGCAGCCGAGCUAAGACGACUCCAGCAGAAGAAAGAGCGGCUCAAGUUUGCGGUUGAUCGGUUGGAGCUGCAGAGUACCCAGAAGCAAAGGCAGUUGAGGAAGAGCAUGGCUGCACAGUGA